GUAUUCAGAGUUCAAUUGCGUGUGUGCAUGUGUGUGUGCAGCAUAGUAAGAAUUAAUAAUUAUUUGUCAAUAGUAGAAUAUAUGAAUAUUGACAAGUGAUAUUGCAUACUAAACUGGUUACUGUUAAUUUGAUACCACCACCCAACAUACGUUGACAAGACAGAGAAGAGAGGCGCUGGUAACUUUCGAUAUCAUCUGUGUCAUCAUUAUUUUGUAAUAAACAUGGAAUUACAACAACAAAUUUCCGAAAUGAGAGAGAAAUUUUUCAAGAAAAUAGACGACGAAGGUAAUAAUUUCCAUCCUGAUGAUAUUGCUCGAGUUAAAACGAGAGAUGAAUGGUUGAAAAGAUUCCUGGAGCACAGCGAAUUUAAAGUUGAUGAUGCUGUUAAUAUGAUGUGGACUAGCUGCGAAUGGAGACAAAAAGUUGGAGCUAAUGAUAUAAAUGAGGAUAACGUAAGACGGGAAUAUUUAGAAGAUGGAAUUUUUUUUGGUUAUGGAAAAGACAAAGACAACAAAACUUUGUUUGUUAUCCGUUCAAAGUUACAUGUUAGAGGUGCUAGAGACUUUGAAGAAUUGCAGCGAUGUAUCAUUUAUUGGCUUGAAAGACUUGAAAGAGAAGGCAAUGGCGAACAAAUAACAUUAUUCUUUGACAUGAGUGAUACCGGCCUAUCUAACACAGACUUAGAAUUUAUAAAAUACAUAAUUAAUCUUCUCAAACAUUACUAUCCGAAUUUCCUAAACAAUAUUAUUUUACUUGAUUUGCCGUGGGUACUAAACGCAGCCCUAAAAAUAAUAAAAUCGUGGCUGCCACCUCAAGCGAUACCAAAAAUAAAACAAGUCAAUAAAACCGGACUAAAAGAUCUAGUUGAUGCCAAUGUCGCUUUAAAAAGCUGGGGAGGAAACAGUGAAUAUGUCUUUAAAUUUGUACCAGAAGUUCGUAAUAAUUCACCGGUAGUGAAUGGAAAAUUGGACAAUAAAAAAGUUCAUUUUGCUGAGGGUUCUCCUUUGAACGAAAUGCCAUCAACUGGAUUUGGUGAUCAGUCCAUGGAAGAGUCAAUGCUCGCUAUUACUCCAGAAGUUAUUUCAUUUAAUAAAGAAGGUCCAGAAAUAAUUGGGACCAUUGUUUUGAAAAAUAUAACACCUGAGAAGUUUCUUUCAUACAAGAUAAAAACAACAGCACCUGAGAAAUUCAGAGUACGUCGAAGUACUGGUGUGUUAUUACCAGGACAGCAAGCUACAGUAACAGUUUCCUUACAACCAGGGUUUAACUUACGCGCUUUAUUACAUCAAGACAAAUUUUUGGUGAUGUGUCUUCCUAUCAAGGACUCAAAGAUGACUGCCGAAGAAUUAACAGACUUCUGGAAGAUUAAUGGAAAAUCAGCUGAGCAGCACAAAGUAUUUUGCCGCGACGUGAUGAAUGAAUCGACGUCUAUUUUAUCUUCAAGUCUGAGUAAUAAUGAGAGAACCUCGGAUUCAUUACAUGCAAAAAUUGCACACCUCGAAGAAUGUCAUGGUAAAUUACAUAAAGAAUUACGUAACGUCAAACAUGUGAUGAUCAUAUCGAUAAUAUGGACCGUAGUCGCUGCAAUAGCGAUUGUUUAUAUUUUACGCUCAGAUAUUGAACAAGUUCUAGGUAAUGAUCAAAGUUGCCACAGUCAUCCGCACAUUUAAUACGAGGCCUGUGACUGUUAGUUAAAAAAAAAAAAAAAAACAAGAA